GUCGAUCACUUGAUGUCAUUAAUAAAUAGCCAUAGCAUUUUCUCUCUGCUAUAUUUACGAAUCUUUGUAACACUCGGCAACGCUGUGAUAUUGCAUUGCACCGAAGCGUGCGUAAACCGUCGAUCCUCCCUUCCCGCAGUUCCCGCUCGUUACAGCUGCGGUUAUUGAGCCGCCCGCCCGACCUCCUCCAGCCCAGCGCCAGCUGUGCGGCCGCCGCAUCGAUAGCGUCACGUUUCCCAUAGAAAUCAAACCUAUUGUGGGGCGAAUUCAAUUCUAACAUGGGCGAAAUUGAAUUUUACGAUAGCGAACAGUUAAUUACCGAAGUGGAAAAACGUCCUUCACUAUAUGAUAAGAAUAUUAAAGAGUAUAACGAUAAAAAUGUGAGAGAAAAGUUGUGGCGGGAAGUGUGCGAAGCGAUUAUAAUGAACUGGAAGGAAGUGAAUCCAGAAUGCAAGGAAAAAACCGCAAGAGACAUCCAAAGAAAAUGGAAAAACAUCCGCGACUGCUUCCGAAAAGAAAUAAACAACGAGAAAAAAUGCAAAUUGGGUCACGGAAAACGCAAAAGACGAAAAUAUAUUUUCUACGAUAGACUUUUGUUCUUAUUGCCCAGCAUGCAAGAAAAAGUGAAAAAAUCGAACGAGUCUGACAAUUCGGAAAAUGAAGCUGAAGAUAACGUUGAAACCGAAGAAACUAGUGCUGAGCAAAACACUUACAGGCCGCCAGUUUGGAGACCGCUCACGGGUCGCCAUAGACACCCUGUAUAUGUUACCUAUGAAGAUUCAAAUGCACCAUCGAAUAUUGAUAACAAUGAUAAUGACGCCAUGUCUGAAGAAAUUAAAGUUGAUCGAAAGGAACCGAUAAAACAAGACGAAAUUGAUGAAGAUAAAUAUUUUUUGUUGUCACUAGUGCCAUCGUUUAAAAAUUUAACUGCUGAUCAAAAAUUUUCUGCUAAAAUUGAAUUUUUGAAGAUAUUACGUAACCUAAGUCAGUCGUCCAGCAGGAGUCGCAGAACUAGAAGUCCUUGUUCUAGUGAACCUAGUGAUAGCAUUGCAAUAUUGAAACAGGAAAAAGCUGAUUUUUAAUUUAGUCUCUUUACAUUAUGUACCAAUUACCAAUGUAUGUAUUUUGUGAACAUAGUCACAAGUUGCAAGAAUAAGAUUAAAAAUAUUUAAAC